GAUGAAAUAACAUUUGAAUUUUUCACCACUUUGUUUUGUGGUGAAUUUAUGUUACUAACGUUUUUUGAGGAAGUAAACACAAACCAUUAAUUGUUUUAAAUGGAAGCUCGUAGAAAUAUUGAGAAGGAAUUGGAAAAAGAUAUUCAAUAUCCACCAAAAGCUAAACGAAGAUCGAGUUUCUUUGGAUACAAUAGUGUUGAUUCAGUUGGACAAAGAGAAAAGUGUAAUGCAAAGGAUAUCGAAAUAUAUAUGAAUAAGUUACAGCUGGAAUUUGAUGAAUGGCCAAAGAAUUAUGUUAGAAUCAAGAAUAAAUUAUUAAAUUUUUGGAGUAAAGAGCCUGAUUCAUUAGAUGACAAUUUGUUUGUUUCUAAGGAGCAACAAGAAUAUCUCGAAAAGGCAGUCAAUGUUAAUGAAUAUUUACGAGAUUCCACCAAAUUAUGCAAUCAAAUUGAACGCUAUAUUAUGAAAAAAGAAUGGUAUCUAGAAAAUUAUGAAUAUUUAAUUAAAUCCAUACAAGAUAAAGCAAUAGAUGAAGAAAUUGAUCAAAAGACUGUCCUUAAAUAUCAGUCAAGGGACUCAUUCAUUUAAAAAUGCCGCAUAUUUUGUCAUCUUUUCGACUAUUUUGUAAACAUUUUCAUAUUGAAAGAAUAAAUUGUUGCUUUUUAUACCUAGUUCAUGAAUAUGUAUUAAAAAGUAUUAUUAUUAAAUUCAAUUAAAGGGAACCACCCAGAAGGAAAGCACUUUGUUUAAGAGAAAAAUGACACACCUAUGGAAAUAUGAUAUUUAAUUGGUUCUGAAAGAAGAAAUAAUAAUGCAAACAAAUUUAUUCUAGUUUAUGUUGUGUAUCAUUUAUUAGUUAUAUAUUAAGUAAGUUAAUAAGGUCAAAUUAUUUUUUUAUUCCUAAUU